AGCUACUCUUGCAGUUUUUUACACGACUUAGAGUGCAAGGUCUGCCUCCUGCCGCAGCUCUUACACUACCGAACGAGCUAGCUAGCUCCACGAGUUGGCAGAGACGAAACUGCAGGAUCGAUGCAUCAGGGGGAGAUGGAGAGCAGCGGCAAGGAGCAGCAGAUGCAGAUCGUGUGCGUCAGGAGCGCGUCGACCGGCGGCCACGUCGGCGAGGAGGGCGAAUGGGAUCAGUCGUCGCGGUCGGCGCUGUCUCUGUUCAAGGAGAAGGAGGAGGAGAUCGAGCGGAAGAAGCUGGAGGUGCGGGAGAAGGUGUUCUCCAUGCUGGGCCGGGUGGAGGAGGAGACCAAGCGCCUCGCCUUCAUCCGCCAGGAACUGGAAGCGAUGUCCGACCCCACGCGCCGGGAGGUGGAGUCCAUCCGCAAGCGGAUCGACAAGGUAAACAAGCAGCUAAAGCCGCUCGGCAAGAGCUGCCUCAGGAAGGAGAAGGAAUACAAGAUGUGCCUCGAGGCGUACAACGAGAAGAGCAACGAGAAAGCUACGCUGGUCGACAGGCUAAUGGAGCUGGUGGGCCAAAGUGAGAGGCUACGGAUGAAGAAGCUUGAAGAGCUGAACAAGACGAUAGAGUCCCUUUACUAGACCUGACAUGGUCAUCUCAGAGGAGGAUGAGGAAGCUACAGAUCUGGUGCCACCACAACAGGAGCUUCCUACGCGCAAUUGUUGCAAAAUUGGGAUUGGAUUUGUGCGACUUCACAUGUAUCGUCGCGAUCGUAUGUUUGUUACCGAUGAUCAUGAGGUAUUGCAUUAUCAUGGCACGGAAUGGUGGUUCUAUUGCAACGUCACAGUCGAACAAAGUAAUCUUUAUAU